AGACUUUCAUGACCUCUUUCACGAAUACCUUCAGCAAACAAUUAAAAAAAGCGCCGCAUUUAUUGCAAAGAGCGUAUGCAAGAGCGGAGGCUGAAACAAUUUGCCGAAUGCCUCAGUUUGACGUCGACGGUCGCGUACUACGGACGUGUUUUCUGUACUUUUGCGGUGCGAAAUAAAUAUACGUCGAACACGUACUUUUGAUUGGUAUGGCGGUGUGUUUUUUUUUUAAUUGAGAUGGUUAAUGUGAUGUGAGAGUUUUGUGAGUAGUGGAAAAAAUUAUGUGACAAUGAUAAACCCCAGAUUUACUUCGAAAUACAACUCAUACGACAGAAGCAAAUAUCCCAUAGAUUUUAUAAAAUGAAAUAUGAAUUAACUAUUUAACAAUUCAAAUAAUUUAUUAAAUUUAAUUAAUAUAAUUAAUUGUUAUUUGAUAUGGAAAGAAACAAGAGUGAGUGCUAGUUAAAAAUAAAAAUGUGUAUAAAGUAUAGUGAAUCAUAGGACAAAAUGAUCAAAAUGACAGUGCUGGUCCAAGCUCUGGUGGUCUGCUUGACUUGCUUCAGCCUGCAAUUUAUUGGCACGGUGAACACGCUCAAGUCCCUUCAAAUCCACGUCCCAAAAGCGGUGCUAACAGGCCGAGACGCCGAACUUAUGUGUACAUACGAGUUGGAAGGCGCACAGUUGUAUUCAAUACGCUGGUACAGAAACAUGAUUGAGUUCUACCGGUAUGUGCCGAAGGAGUCGCCGGCUACCAAAGUGUUUCCUGUAGCUGAAAUUAAAGUUGACGUAGCAGCAUCCGACCAGAACCGGGUGGUACUGACGGAGGUAGACCGAACACUGACGGGCGAGUACCAGUGCGAGGUAUCUGCUGAUGCCCCUCUGUUCCACACAGACAUCAAGGCAGCAGAGAUGGUAGUAGUCGAACCGCCUUUGCUGAGUCCGAACGUAACGUCGGACCGGAUGUCCUAUAUAGGCGGGGACCACAUCAGAGCGAACUGCACCUCCCCUCCCUCCCUCCCCGCCGCCAACAUCACGUGGUAUGUCAAUGAACAAAUGGUUCCCAGUUUCACAGCGAACCAUGUUCUGAACUUCAGUAACGGGUACGCCUCCAGUCUGUCGACAUUAGAAUUAGAAGCCGCAGUGCUCUCCCCCGUUCCCACGCUUAUGAUAAGGUGCGAAGCGUCCAUUUUCGACGUAUGGAAAGCGACGAGCCACACAAUAGUUCUACGAGAGCGGAGUGCUAACCCGGCGUCUGCGCUUGGCAGGAGUUUCACGGGUGGUGCUACUGAAACCUGCAUACCGACAAUCGUAGUCCUCCUUUCUCAAUUCGUCUUACAAUUCUUGUUAGAAAGAUAUACAGAGACCUCGAUAAGAUAGCUGCAUACUAUGACUAGGGAUAGUGUAAUUAUAGUAAAGAAUUAAACAGGAUAGAGGCGGGAGUUAUGAACGGGUUAACCCAAAAGUGGUCAUGCAAUACAUAAUAUUGCGCCGCUGUGGUAUUUUAUAUCAUAUUGUAGGGCCUGCACAGACUGCAAGCGUUCUAAGUUCUACAUACGCAACGUUUGUUACUUUAUACCACCGUACAGAUAGAAGGGGUUAAACCUAUGUGUGUGGUGUUAUGAAGUUACGUAUUUACGCCAAUCGCAGAACGCAAAACUUAACACUUUCACAGUUCAGUGAGCCAAAGUAGGUUCAAGCCAAUUUCUCUUCACAAGUCCGUGGGUCCAUGUGGGCUUAUAGUACUUGUGAUUUUUCUUCUAUUAAUCUACUGGGAUUUGCGAGGUGGUAGUUAAUCUAUUAUUAUUAUUAUGAGGACUGUGAACGUGUUAAAACGCGGGACUCUAUCUAUCUGCACAGGCCCAUUUUACCCCAGUUGCCGUCGCCUUAAUGCCGCUGUUCCAAUGACGAUUUUGAGCGCUGGCGUUUCUCCGGUGUAUGUCACGUCUACCUAAUUUACGUGAUGCGCUAUUCAGUAAGUAUGUUUCUAUAACUCCACAGUGUGAGUUACGAAUUCGUCUCUCUCUAAUACCAUACUGUCUUUUUCUUAGAGUGCCUCUCAGUUACUGAAAGUCGGUGGUUAGCUUUCUAAAUUUUUCCAUGUACAUGGCUAGGUUCUUCAGGUGUUUGAGAGCCACACUAAUCUCGUAUAGGCUGACGUCCGGGAUAUCUUCGGUAUAGUGUCGGGUCAACUUGGCUCUGGGGUCUUUAGCCAAGUUGUCAACAGGCUGCUGAGUAGUCGUGUAUAGCUGUCCAUAGAACUUCUCGACCUCACUUAAUAACUCGGGCUUGGAAGAAAUCAGAUUACCGUGCUCAACAAUAAGGCGCCAGGUGAGGACGGAAUCACAGCAGAACUCCUGAAAGCGGGUGGAAAACCGAUACUUAAAGUCCUUCAGCGAUUGUUCAAUUCCGUCAUUCACGAGGGCACGACGCCUGAGGCGUGGCAUAGGAGCGUGGUGGUUCUGUUCUUCAAAAAAGGUGACAACACCUUGCUGAAGAAUUACAGACCCAUCUCGCUGCUAAGUCAUGUUUACAAAUUGUUCUCGAGAGUCAUUACGAAUCGUCUCGCUAAUAGGUUUGACGACUUCCAGCCUCCCGAACAAGCCGGUUUCCGAAAAGGUUUUAGUACCAUUGACCACAUCCAUACGCUGCGGCAGGUUAUACAGAAGACUCACGAGUAUAACCAUUCACUUUGCUUAGCGUUUGUGGACUAUGAGAAAGCCUUCGAUUCGGUGGAAACCUGGGCUGUGCUAAGGUCAUUGCAGAGAUGCCGAAUUGAUUACAGGCAUAUCCAAGCGUUGAAGUGCUUGUACGAAAACGCCACUAUGUCAGUCCGUAUUCAGGAUCAGACUACGAGGCCAAUCCAGUUGCAGCGAGGAGUGCGUCAGGGAGAUGUGAUCUCUCCGAAGCUAUUUACCGCCGCACUGGAAGACGUCUUUAAGCUUCUGGACUGGGGCGGACUUGGCAUCAACAUCAAUGGCGAGUACAUCACUCAACUGCGGUUCGCGGACGAUGUAGUCAUCAUGGCACAGACUCUGGAUGACCUUAAUACCAUGCUCAAUGACCUCAGCAGCGUUUCUCAACAGGUGGGCCUGAAAAUGAACAUGGGCAAAACAAAAAUAAUGUGUAAUGCUCAUAUAUCGCUCCACCCAGUUAUAGUUGAGAACGCUGCACUCGAAAUUGUAGACGAAUACAUAUACCUAGGACAUAUGAUCCAGUUAGGUAGGUCCAAUUUCGAGAAAGAGGUGAACCGUCGAAUCCAACUCGGCUGGGCUGCAUUCGGGAAACUUCGCGACAUCUUUUCGUCCGAAAUUCCUCAGUGCCUGAAGACAAAAGUCUUCGAACAGUGCGUGUUGCCAGUGAUGACCUAUGGUUCCGAGACUUGGUCGCUAACUAUGGGCCUCAUAAGAAGGCUCAGAGUCACACAGCGGGCGAUGGAACGAGCUAUGUUAGGAGUAUCUCUGCGUGAUCGAAUCAGAAAUGAGGAGAUCCGCAGAAGAACCAAAGUCACCGACAUAGCUCAACGAGUUGCGAAGCUGAAGUGGCAAUGGGCGGGGCACAUAGUGCGAAGAGCCGAUGGACGUUGGGGUCCCAAAGUGCUGGAAUGGCGACCCCGCACUAGUAAGCGCAGUGUUGGCCGACCCCCCACCAGGUGGACUGACGACAUCAAGCGAGUCGCAGGGAUUCGCUGGAUGCAGGUGGCUCAGUAUCGUGAUGUUUGGAAGUCCCUACAAAAGGCCUAUGUCCUGCAGUGGACGUCCAUCGGCUGAUAUGAUGAUGAUGAUGAUGACAUGGCUAGGUGGAAAAGUUCUUCGACUGUCUUUAUGCCAGUCCACUCCCUUAAGUUUCGUAACCAGGACUUUUCUUUCUUCUUACUGCUCUUUUAUGUGCAAUCUUGCCCAACAUAAUAGUUUAAAGCAAACGGAUCGUGUCGCAAAUUAUGCCCGAGGUACGAGAUUUUCCGUUGCUUGAUGGUUUUAACAAGCUCAGUCUUCUUCUGCAUUCUGUCUUUCCGUCCAACUAAUGCGGAGCAUUGUGCGGUAUGUCCACAUCUCAAAGAAAGUACGAUACCAUAGAUAGAGACAAAUUCGAUGCUCACAACGUCGAGUUCAUCCAUACAGAGUAGCACUGCUACUGUCAGCAAUAUUGAGGCAAUGGAAACGUCUGGACGACACCGUAAAAUCGUAGGUAAAAUCAAAUAACGUAGUAAACAAACAUUAGCUUGCGUUUUAGAGGAAAUAAAAGAAAGUAUCGUCGACAAGUUCGACAAGACAAGGAAAAUCCUUUGUGAUAUAACGCAUGAUUUACGCUAAAUUCUCGCAACGUUAUCGUUGUGUUUGUGUUGUCGCUGGUCAAACGUUCGAGAAACGCUACCGUUUUUAAAACGCCAGUGGGUUAGCGGCCUUAUCCUUGUAUGUUUAAUACUUUAUUAUAAUCUAUGAAGUAAAGUAAUGAUGUAGUAAGUCAGGGUUUUAUAAAAGUUGUUUUAAUAAUGUUAAGGACAAUACUUUUUCAAGUUACAUCUAUGUCGUUUUAAUUUUAUUGAAAACAAUAACGUUAAACUAAUGUUAAUUAAUUUGUAUAUAAUAUUUCUAAGGUAUAAAUAGAUAAAUUGUUAAAAUAUGUUUCAGUGUAAUGUAAGGGUCAGAGCUCAUUAGCCACCAGCCCCAGCAUUGCCUCGUCACGUUCAGUUCGUUUCUGUAAGGACUUAAGUCCACUAAAACAACUUCGUCACAUAACCGUCGCCUCGCUUGCAAGCUGUCACGAGAUGAAGCAAUGCAGGGAGGGUGCCUAGUGGCUCUAAGGCACAAUGACCUAGCUUGCACAGUACAUAGAUUUCGUGAGUACGGCAGGAUGGCAAUGAUCCUAUUGUGAUAUUGAAAUAGAAAAAUGUCUAAACUUACACCAAUACUGUUAAAAUUUCCACGACUAGUUGCGAACCCAUACUUAGUCAUGAGCAUUGAGAGACCUUUAUGCAACGCGGAGAAAAACAAAAUUUUGUAUACUCCGAUAAUAUUACAGACGUUUUUCUAUAUCAAUAUCAUGGAAAAUACACAUGAUAGUGUAAAUUUUAAAAAGUUACAUUAUUUAAUAAUUAAGUUAUGUCUGUUUGUCUGGAAAUUAUUUUAUAAGUUUAUGCGAAUAUUUUUUCUGCUUUUUCUGCUUUAAAAAGAUAUCUGAUAGUUUAAGUAUAUGGCCUAAUAAAAGGUUAAUUUCGAUACUACGAUGGAAUGUAGGUCAAAGGACUUACAGCUUAACUUAUAUCCAAGAUAAUUAAUUUACUAAUUUUCAUCAAAAAACAGAUAAAUUUAAGUCUUAUAAAUCUUUUUAUUGUUAAUUAUUGAACAAGAAAUUAGAAAAGAGAGCUUGAUUUUCUAUUAAUUAGCUUUACAAUAAAUAUUAAUUAAUAUAGACUGAUUAAUUUACUGUAAAUAUAAUAGAUGUAACAAUUCGAAUGUAAAUAAGUUAUUAUUACCGUUCGUACUAAGAAUUGAGUAAAGUUAUUCCUAUUAAUAUUAAAUGAAAAUGGAAAACACGAACUGUUUAAUUGAAAUUAACCGUAAAUUAAAACUUAUUAAUGUUUAAAAGCUUUCGUGUUGUUUGGUAAGUGACCGUUUAAUAUUAUUUCAGUUUUUUUUUUCAAGUUUUUUUUUUUAACUUAGUACACGUUUUUACUGUAGACAAGCGUGCUUUUCUUUGCCCGGUAUCUUACUAUGCUACUGGCAAAGACAUUCCAUUCACAAUUUUGUCAAUUGAAGUUAAAAAGAAGAAAAAAAAUGGAAAAUCCGCCUCAUAAAACUCAUUAGACAAAAUUUAACAUAAUAUUUUGAUGUAACGUGUAGCAGCAACAGUGAUUGUACCAUUAUUCUGUGUCAGAGGAAACAACUCGAGCACACCAGAACUUGUGACCAGGUUUAAGGGAUCUCUUUCGAAUGCAUCAACACUCACCUUCCCUGUCUGAUUUUCUCCAUGCCCACACUAAACAAUUUAUGAUAAACAAUAAUUACAAUACAAAACAUUAUUGCACAAAACCACCCGCCACUGAAUGUUACAAUGUUUUAUGGAAUCCAGUGACAAUAUACGGUACAUAAAUUUUACAUUUUCCAAAUUCCCAUGAAACAAUCUUAAACUGCAACAUCACUUACCAUUAGGUGAGUUAGCAGUAAAACGUGGACUAAACAGUGAAUAAAAUAGAUCACAAUAAUAAAACCCAUGAUAUCUAUUUUCUAUUUUACUGUCCAUAGCUACGAGUAUUAUAAGUUAAAGUAAUAAAAAGAUAAGGCCUCUUCUAAAAAAUACUAUUCAGAACUACUUUUCUUCAUAUUAAACUUAUUCAGAAGCUGUAAAAGAUAUUUUUAUCUCGAAAAAAAGAAAGGCUUACGUCACUGUAAGCCCUUUAACCCCAUUUGAAAGCGUCAAGAGUUAACCCCUGUUUAGUGCCGGGAUUCUUAAGUCUCGAAACAGGUCAAGUGCUUUAGGUCUUUAGGUACAUUUUCAUUUUACAUACUCGUAUUUAUUACUAUUUUUUUGUUUAUGGUUAAAGUCUUGCGCUUGACUACAGUGACGCCUGGUGGAAAUAAAUGAUGAGCUUAUUUUUGGGCCUGCUUAUUUACCUGUUUAAUCUUUUGUUUAGACGACCUUAAAUGAUUAUAGAUGGAAACUAAAGAUUUCGCAGUAUUUCAAAUUGGGAAUGUAAAACCAAAACGCUUAGUGCCUGGAUGUCAAUAACUUUGGAGAUACAAAUUUCUACGUCACCCAAUUAUGAGUCUUAUCCACGAUAGCAUGGGCGUCAGGAAUGACACAUUUAGGCCAAAACGCUCUUCUCGAAAGGCCCUCUAAGUCAAGGUCAGAGUCUCACAUGAGACGCUCUUGAAGAGUCAUUCCGCCCAUCUCUUCUUCUGCUACUGCCUUCAGGCCCCAUUAAGCGAUGCUUCCAUACCCAAAACUCACCGUGAUGUCGCUGAGGUGAGCUAAUAACUAAAAACCAUAUUUGUACAAGCUAUCAAAACCGCCCAAUUAUAUCAAUAAAUCAUUGUAAAUGUGUCGGGUUAGUUUUAAUCAAAAAUAUGUUUGCGGCACUGCCUGCCUUUGUAAUAUUUCCACCGAAUUUUUUAGUUCAUCAAAAUCAUCGCGACUUAUGGUAACGAACUCAAAGUAUGAGGAUUGAUUUUUAAACUAUAAUAAUGUGCAUAGUAAUAAAUAACAAUAAACAUAAGUUUGUAACUAAGAACUAAAAAACUAUUAACUGAUCCAUCUUUUGAUUCUUUAGAAAAGUGCCUCGUGGAAUUUUAAUACGAAAUUACUGUUAUAAAUAAAAUAUGGCUUAUUAAAUGUUUCCUUAGCGUGGUUUAAACUAAAGUGAGAAUUUUCUUUAAUACUGUAGCAUCAAUGACGUAACAGAAUAGUUGAUGAUCCAAUGGGACCGGAUUAAGCAACGGGAUGAAAUAAAAAGAACGCUAGACGUCAAACGUUAAAUCCCUUCGUUAGUGCUCGUUGAUCCAGUGAAUAUUCAUUGUGUUUAAAAUCUGUAUAUAUAAAUAGUUAUACUAGUUCUUUCUCACGUGGGUAAUUUUUGGGGGUGUUUGAGAAAUCAGAAUAUUUCUGAAAUGCAUUGUGUAUUGAGUUGAGUUGAGUAGAUCAAAUAAAUUAUGUCCUAUUAAAUGGACUUGAUGGAUUGGAUGGACUAUUAAAUUACUGAAGAUACUUAGUGAGGAUUAAAAUAAAAACUUAUUUGUAUUUUGAGAAAUUCAUAAGUUAAAUGAUAAAAAUCAAAAUAAAUAAAUUAAAUGAAUCGAAUUGUAAUGUAAUGCAAUGCAUUAUUUACCAUAUUAUAUAUGAAUUUGUAUGUAUUUAAUGUUUUUUUUUUUUAAAUUGGGAAAUCCAUGGUACGAACUUUCAGAUCCUACGAGUUUUACUCACGAAAAGCUAUCCAAUGCUGCCAAACACCCUCUUUAAAAUUGACUACACCCUCUUGUAUUAAAUAUUGUCGUUUAUAGAGUAAAAAAAUGUAAAUUUAUUGAAAACUGGGGUUAAUUGUAAAAAAAUUAUUGUUAUGUAAUUAUUAUUAUGGCUGUGUUUUUGUAAAAAAUAUGCAUUCGAUUUUAGUGAAUUAUUGAUGCUUCUAAAGUCAAGACAGCCGAUUAUGGUGCAGGGGGUAGAAACUAUGUUAAUGAUUCAUUGUCUACGAUGGAAACUAUGUUAAUGAUUGAUCGUCUACGACGGAAGCUAUGUUAAUGAUUUAUCGUCUACGAUAGAAACUAUGUUAAUGAUUGAUCGUCUACGAUUAUGGUGCAGGGGGUAGAAACUAUGAUAAUGAUUAAUUUUCGUUUAAGAGUAUAUUUCGUGCAUAGGGUAUUGACGAUAUUUGAAUUAUAUUUUAAAACCUAAUGUUUAGAAACCUUUUGUUUUGUUUAUAGAGCACCUGACUUGGGUGUCCUUACCUUAUUCCGUAACUUUUUUGAAAUUUGAGUGAUCAAACUCUCUUCUUUUAAUCACUUUAAAUUUUGUUAAACUUGUAAACGUAAAAGUUGCAAAAUAAGGGGCAAUAUGUAGGUCUAGCAAGCGUAAUCGAUACACCUUGUGAAAAGACAACAUUUCGUCGACCAAUAGCUGUGGAGUUGAAAUAUCGCUCUGUUUUGUCCUAACACGAUAUUUUCCAUUCCGCUUUAUUAUUUUAUUAUUAAUUCGUUUAUUUCAAUUAAGCUUAGUUCUUAAGCACUUUUGAAACGCCAGGUAAUGUUAUUAGAUAAUGGUAAUAAAUAAAAACGAAAACUUAAAAUUAAAGUUAUUGGUCGACAUUUGUCUUUCUUUCAUCUCGAAUGUUGUGGUGCGUAACUCAGGACGUUAUUAACUUUGUGACGGACAUUAGGUAAAUGGAGGUUUUUCAAAAAAACCUCAUUCCAAUAUUUGUGAUUUUAAAGGACACAAAAGGGUUUAUUGUACGUAUAAGUUUGUUCGCCUAGUAUGCAUUACAUUGAAAAUGAUUUUAGUAUGUAAAAAUGACUAGUUUAAAAAUGAAAUUGUAAAAAUAAACGAUGUACUAAAAUUA